UCAACGUCAAUGACCUCAAAAUGACAGAAACAACGUAUUGGUACACAUGUUAAAUGAACACAAGGCGGAAACAAGGCGGCAAUUUUUGAAUAGUGUGGGUGUUGCGAAAGAGAAUUAUUUGAGUCGUCUUCUAAAUGCAACCAAAUUGAUGACGUAAAAUGUUUCUUUAUCCAUGAUCUGAAUGUGGUCCUAACCUAAAGAAUAUUUCAAGGGAUGCGUUAAAAAUUCACGAGAUUCUUAUAACACAUCCUAAGCCAACAAAUUCUUUUAUCUCGCUUUGAAAAUAAAUCGGAUGCCAUCAUUCACAUAAAAAUGAACUAUCUACCAUAUAUCCUUUUCGUCAUACUUAGUUUAGAUAUAUUAUCUGAUGCCAAAGAUGAAGAUUAUUAUACAUUAUUAGGUGUUCCUAGGGAUGCAACAGUACAAGAAAUAAGAAAAGCAUUUAAGCUUUUGGCUGUUAAGUUGCAUCCUGAUAAAAAUAAAGAGGACGAAGAGGCAGAAACAAAAUUUGUAAAAAUUGCAAAAGCAUAUGAAAUUUUAAAGGAUCCAACGACAAGGAAACAGUAUGACCUCUAUGGUGAUACUGAAUUUAAAGACAAAAAACAUAAUUAUCACAGUUACACAUAUUAUAGGGACCACUUUGGAAUAUAUGAUGAUGAUCCCCUCAUAGUUACUCUUAGUAAAAACGAUUAUGAGUUAAAUGUACUAGAUAAAACACAAGCCUGGUUUGUUAAUUUUUAUUCACCCCAUUGCCACCACUGCCACGAGUUGGCACCUGUAUGGCGGAAAUUGGCUCAGGAACUCGAGGGAGUAGUCAGAAUUGGGGCUGUUAAUUGUGAAGAGGAUUAUCCCCUUUGUUACCAAUUAAGUAUUGAAGCAUAUCCAACUUUAUUAUAUUACCAAAAAGAGGCUCAUCUUUAUGAAGGGGAGAAAUAUAGGCAGACCAAAACCCUAGAAACUUUGAAAGAGUAUAUCUUGUCAAAAUUGAAGGUGGAAAUUAAGGAAGUGAGAACCAAAGAAUGGCCAGUUUUGAAUAACCAAGAAUGGUUGUUGUUUUUGUGUCCAGAUGAUAGUUUGAACUGUCCAGAAAAAGAAACCAUGACGAAACUAGCAGCCAUUUUUGAAGGCCUUUUACCAGUUGGAGUUGUGAAAGAUUCAGACCUGUGCCAUGAAAUACUGGAUUCCUAUAAAAUUCAGUCAGUUGUUUUUUGGCAGAUUGUCGACAAAAACAUUCCAGAAGUUCAUGCAAUUGAAGGUUCUGAUUCUAAAGAAAUUCUCAACAAAGUAUUAAGCAUAAUACCAAAUCCACCUGUUUUGGAUGAAAAGCAAUUUCAUGAUUUAAGAACAAAAUUACGUUUGGGUUUUGAAAAGCCUUGGCUAAUUUGCUUCUACCUUGGUGCUGCGACCGACUUAAAUCUGCAACUUAAACGCCUUCCUACUGUAAUACAAAAUAUCCAUAUAGGAUUAAUUAACUGUGGCCGCCAUUCGGGUUUAUGUGCGGCCCUCCAUAUUGUUCGAUAUCCCACUUGGGCUGUAGUGAAAGCGGGUGGUGCAUUUGAAGUUCAUCAAGGUAGGGACGUACUUCAUGAAGUAGCAGCAUUUGCCCGAGACAGUUCAAAAUCUACAAACCUGCAUGCGCUGUCACCGGCAGAUUUUAUCAAUUUAAAGAACGACGGUGCUCCUUGGUUCGUUGAUUGGUAUGCCCCCUGGUGUCCGCCGUGCAAAAGAGUCGCUCCUGAACUACGCAAAGCGAGUCUAGCGUUCGAGCCUGAAGUUGUUCAGUUUGGAACAGUCGAUUGUACACUACAUAGAGACCUGUGCUUCAAGGAGGGCAUACACUCAUAUCCGACUCUUACUUUGUAUAAUAGAAGUCAAACUCAUAGAUUUCAGGGUACGCCGAGUGAGGAAACCAUUGUGGAAUUUAUUCGAGACACUUUAAAUCCGAUCGUCGUCAGUUUGGAUGAAAAUUCUUUUGGCCGAUUGGCGCGAAAAUCAGAUAAAGAACUCUGGAUGGUUGAUUUCUUCGCUCCGUGGUGCGGACCUUGUCAGAAGCUCGCGCCAGAGUGGCGCAAACUUGCCAAAUCGGUGUCAGAUUUCAAGCAAGUGGUUAUAGCACAAGUCGAUUGUGUAGCAAAUUCGGAAAUGUGUGAUCAUCAAAAUAUUGGGGGCUACCCGACUAUUAGAUUAUACCCUUUGGGUAGUAAAGGAUUGAGUUCUGUAGCAAUUUACAAUGGAAAUAGAGACCAUACAUCACUUAAGAGGUGGCUACUGAAUUUCAUACCAUCGAAAGUGGAAGAAUUGACAGAGUUGCAGUUCAGGGAACAGAUACUUACUCGAAAAUAUUACUUACCCUGGUUGGUCGACUUUUAUGCGCCAUGGUGCGGUCACUGUGUUCACUUCGAGCCAGAGUUCCGGACCGUAGCACAGAGGUUAGAGGGAAAGGUAAGAGCAGGCAAAAUCAAUUGCGAUGCCCACAGAGUUUUCUGCGGUCACCAGUACGUCAUGGGUUAUCCGACUGUGAGACUUUACAUUUCUCCCAAUAAAUUCUAUAACAUUGAACAACAGGACGGCAAGAAAAUUAUAGAGAAAGUUAAAAUGCUGAUGGAGCAAAACGAAAAACAAAAUGGCAUCCAUGACGAACUUUAAGUAGGUAAUGUUUUCUUGUAGUUAUUAAAAUGAAUCUCACGGAAUGGAUUAAUUAAAAUCCCAGAUGAGAAUUGCCAAGAGGAUCUAGGAAACAGUAAAAGCUAUUUGGAAAAACUAUGUGCAUUAUACCUAACAACAUGACAUUUAUAAGGUUCCCACCCACUUUUGCAGUUGUCUAACUGCGCAAAUGAUUUUGAUUUUUUUUUUAAAUUUUAACUGUCUCCUGGCUCCUACCUUUUCCAUGAUCCUCUGUCUUCUCUUGGACAUACUAAAUAACAUAACUCAUUUCCAAGGAAUCUGAAAUUUUUAUAUUCUUUUGCUUUUUGGUAUUCAACUAAGUUUUUUUACAAACAACUUCAUUUAGCUUUAUUUUUUUAUAUAUAUAAAUUAAUUAUUAUUAAUAAUAGACUUGUAGCAUGACAUGGAAUUGUUUCAUGUUUGAGGAACAAUGGUUAUUGUCUUCAUUUUGUGAUGCCAAACUAAUAGCGCUGUGUUGUAAUUUACUUACAAAUAAAAGGACUACUAUUUU